GUAGUAACAUGGUCCUCAUGGAUAUAAUAGAGAUGAUUGCAAGCAAUAAAAUGUAAGGCCUAGGUGGGAUUAUCAUCAACCAAAUAAUUGAGGAUGAUACAUCAAAACACCAUUCUCUCUCUGUUAGCAAAAUGCAAAAGUAUGAGGGAAUUGAAAAAAUUGCAUGGGCUAAUAGUUACAACCCCAACUAUUAAAAGCAUAAUCCCCUUGAGCAAGCUUAUUGACUUCUGUGUAGAUUCAGAAUUUGGUGACAUCAAUUAUGCAGACUUAGUACUUCGCCAGAUUCAUAACCCUAGCGUUUACAUUUGGAACUCCAUGAUACGAGGUUUUGUUAACAGUCACAAUCCAAGAAUGUCCAUGCUUCUGUAUAGACAAAUGAUAGAAAAUGGGUAUUCCCCAGAUCAUUUUACUUUCCCAUUUGUACUCAAAGCAUGUUGUGUAAUAGCUGAUCAAGAUUGUGGGAAAUGCAUUCAUAGCUGCAUAGUGAAAUCUGGGUUUGAAGCUGAUGCCUAUACUGCUACUGGGUUACUUCAUAUGUAUGUGUCAUGUGCAGAUAUGAAGUCAGGACUCAAAGUGUUUGAUAAUAUUCCCAAGUGGAAUGUGGUUGCUUGGACGUGUUUGAUUGCUGGGUAUGUGAAGAAUAAUCAGCCAUAUGAAGCUUUGAAGGUGUUUGAAGACAUGAGCCAUUGGAAUGUAGAGCCCAAUGAAAUCACCAUGGUGAAUGCUUUGAUUGCCUGCGCUCAUAGUAGAGACAUUGAUACUGGACGAUGGGUUCACCAGCGCAUUCGUAAGGCUGGCUAUGAUCCCUUCAUGUCCACAUCAAAUAGUAACAUCAUUCUUGCAACUGCAAUUCUUGAAAUGUAUGCCAAAUGUGGCAGAUUGAAGAUAGCAAGAGACUUGUUCAACAAAAUGCCUCAGAGAAACAUUGUUUCUUGGAACAGUAUGAUUAAUGCCUACAAUCAAUAUGAGAGGCAUCAGGAGGCGCUAGAUCUCUUUUUUGAUAUGUGGACUAGUGGCGUUUAUCCUGAUAAGGCUACCUUUCUGAGUGUGUUGAGUGUUUGUGCCCAUCAGUGUGCUCUGGCAUUGGGACAAACUGUCCAUGCUUAUCUGUUGAAAACCGGCAUUGCGACAGAUAUUUCCCUUGCAACUGCUCUUCUUGACAUGUAUGCCAAGACUGGUGAGUUAGGAAAUGCACAGAAGAUUUUUAGCAGUUUGCAAAAGAAGGAUGUCGUGAUGUGGACUAGCAUGAUCAAUGGUUUAGCCAUGCAUGGUCAUGGAAAUGAAGCAUUGAGUAUGUUUCAAACCAUGCAAGAGGAUAGCUCUCUAGUCCCUGAUCAUAUUACCUACAUUGGAGUUUUAUUCGCUUGUAGUCAUGUUGGACUGGUUGAAGAGGCUAAAAAGCAUUUUAGGCUAAUGACAGAGAUGUACGGUAUGGUGCCAGGAAGAGAGCAUUAUGGUUGCAUGGUUGAUCUUUUGAGUAGGGCGGGUCAUUUCAGAGAAGCAGAAAGAUUAAUGGAGACAAUGACUGUACAACCAAAUAUUGCCAUAUGGGGUGCUCUUUUAAAUGGCUGCCAGAUUCAUGAAAACGUUUGUGUUGCUAAUCAAGUGAAAGUACGACUAAAAGAACUGGAACCUUGUCAAAGUGGAGUCCACAUUCUUCUAUCUAAUAUAUAUGCAAAGGCUGGCAGGUGGGAAGAGGUAAACGUGACUAGAAAAGUUAUGAAGCAUAAGAGGAUUACAAAGACAAUUGGUCAUAGUUCAGUUGAAAUGAAGCUGUUAAGCUAAUGGUCACAGUAAGAUUGAUUUGUAGUCUCUAAUGAUGUAAGUAUUGAUUCGUGGAUUAACUGCAAUUGGGAAGAGAGUAUUAUUGAUGUACUCUCAGCCUCUGGUGUCUAAAAGGCAAACAAAGAACCUCUGUCCAUGGGGGCAUAUAUUCAACUCCUUUCAGCUGCCUUCUCAGUUGAUACCCCGCCAAUAUUCUGGUGAUUUUGGCACUGAUAAAGAAUAGUCAUGAAAGGGAGACAUACACAAUGGCAAAGUUUUUUCUGAUUGGGAUCCUUCCUUUUCUUCCAACAGUGAAGUUUAUAUAAUUGAUCCAAAUUUAUGCAGCAUGUCAAAUAGAUGAGAUUCAGAAUUAAGAGUGGUAAAAUUUUGUAUAGUAUCUAGCUUUUCUUUUUUUUCACUCUAUGAUAUACUACACUACUGGAAUACGCAGUCUGAACCA